UCUUUCAGUUUUCUGUUACACCCACUUUUUCGUUCACAAUUGUCCCAACAGAAGAAAGAAACAAACAGAUAAACAGAAAAAGAAACAAUCAAAAACAUACAAAAGAACACGAUCUUUCUUGUGUUUCAGAAAUCGAAUGGAGCAGAGAAGAGGCGAUCCAAGAAUAUACAUCGUCACUCUUCUUUUUCUAUCAUGUAUCCUCUCAGGAGGAGUCCUUCUCGGACUUUACCUCCUCCUCCCUGAUCCGAACCCUCUCUUUCUACCAGCGGGUAUGUUCUUCGCUGGUAUCCCUUGGCUCUUCUGGUUCUUGGCUUACCUUUACUCCUGCGUCCUCAAGCCCUGCACCGUCUCCGUAAGCAAAAGCGUCACCAGUUUCGAUCCGGAGAAAGGCGUGGAGAAGAACAGCAAGAGCAUCACGGAAAACGCCACGUCAGCUUCAGAUCCCGUGGCUGCGGUCGAGCCGAUGGAAGGUGAGAGGCACGUGCAGCUCGGGAAUGUGGUUGUAGAACAAGAACAAGAACAAGAAAAUGGUAGAUUAAGUUCAAGAAGAAGCCACGAUGAUGAGGAUUGCGAUAGAACUCCAUUGAGAUUAUCAGUCGGGAACAAAUGAUUCGAUACUGAAUGAUCAUCAGGAACUGAUGUUAAAAUUGAACUGAGAGGAGAGGCUUUGAAAAAGAUCUCUGUUAUUGACGUGUUAGACAAGGAACGUUGUUCUUUGAGUAAGAACCAUAAUACCAUGUGAAAGAUCCAUAGGAGAAUUUUAUUUAUUGUAGCUUUACUUUUGUUGUACUUAUGAAUUGAUGAAUUAAACAAACAAUCUGUAACCAAAAUCAGAACAUAUAUAUCUUCUCCAAUGUCAGAAACAGAACAGUGCAGUGAUUUAUUUUAUUUAUUUAUUUGUAGUAACGA